GUGUGUGUAUGUUUGGAGCUGCCUUCCCCAAAGAAAGCUACUUUCACCAAUGUGUCUAAGUCUUCGGUUAUAACAGAUGUGGUGAUUGCUUGGCCGAAGACGGGCGCUCCCAUUGGCUGAUCCAUUCAUUAGCCACAAGCGGUGAGGAGAGAGCGAGCCAGCGAGCGCGAGAGGUCUGCACUGGUUCAGUCAGUGUGAGAGAGUCCAGCGGACAGACAACGAACCACUAAAAUAGCUCCGACAGCCGUAUUGAACCCCGCAGUACGGCCGAUACCACACGGUGUGGGCUAUGCUACAUAACACACUACAGCCUGUGUGCAAUACAGCUUGCUGGGAUUUCUCUCUCUAAUACACAACAAGCUUUUGUUGCUUCAAUACAUUGAGGAGUUUUUUUCUGUUUAUUUUACUUCAUAUAAUUUUUUUUUCAUUUGAAAAAAAAAGAAGAUUUAUUGAACUGAAGCAAAGGAUUUUAUUUUGUGUGUGUGUAUUCCAUUUUGUUUUCUGCCGGAUCGGUGUUUGUUUAGAUGUAAACAUAUUAGCAGUGCGUGUGGAUAUACUGCGGCGAAUGACAAAUAUAUUUUUGUCUCUUUGUGUCGGUGUGGCAGUCAAAUCGGAUAUAUGUGUAUGCUUAUUGGCUGAAUGCUGCAACAUUGGAGACCAUUAGAUGCUGGGAUAUUCAUUGUGGUGGCUUUACUGCAGAUAUAUCGGUGCUUAGUGGCAAUCUAAUGUCAAUAACAUUUGGCUUGUUUACUGCAAGAUUCAUUUGUCGGAAUACUUUCAAUUAACCAGGGUUUUUUUUCCUUCUGUUAAAUACUGUGGAUUAAUCGUACCAUUUGUGUCAUACUGGUUUGGGUUUUUUCCAAACACAGUGGAGUGAUUUUUUAUAUAACUGUGAGAUAUAUUUUUGUGAUCAGCUGUCUGGACAGUGUCAUUGGAUUUUACGAUCUUCAAGGUUUCAUAUAGAUUUUAAAAGUGCGAGGUUGUGGAGUCAGUCACCAAUGGAUACAUAAAUAGCAUGAAGGAUGAGAUACGUGUGGUUGAGUACCAAGCCGUGCGGCUGUCUCAAGCUAGCAGUCAUUUUCCUCACCAUCAUUUCUGUUCAAGGUGAUCUUGGAAACCCGCGCAUCGUUGAGCACCCUGACGAUGAUUACGUAGCAAAGAAUGAACCGGCCACUCUGAACUGCAAGGCUGAGGGCGAACCGAAGCCGAAGAUCACGUGGUACCGCAAUGGCCGUGUGGUCGUCACGUCAUCGGAGAACCCGCAGUCGCACCGCAUGCUGCUCAACACGGGCCAGCUGUUCUUCCUGCGCGUCAUCCACAACAAGAACUACAAGCCUGAUGUCGGCGUCUACUACUGCAAUGCCACCAACAUACACGGGUCGGCCAUCAGUAGAAAUGCAACCCUCGAGAUAGCAGUUCUUCGUGAUGAUUUCCGUGAGCGUCCGAUCUCUCAGACGGUGGCAACCGGAGAGACGGCCACAUUCCACUGUAAACCACCGAAGGGCGAACCGGAACCGAAAGUCCUGUGGCACCACAACUCGGAACCUCUACAGCUGGGUGGGCGAAUAGCUGCGGCCGAUAAUGGCGAUCUGGUCAUCAAGUCUGUGAUGGUGACCGAUGCAGGGAAAUACACGUGUCUGGCCAUCAACAAGGGCGGGGAGAAAGAGAGUACCCCCGCUACUUUAACAGUGUUAGAGAAACCCAAGUUCCGUCAGAUGCCCGAUGACAUUCAAGCUAAUGAGGGAGACACCAUUGAGCUAAAAUGUCGUGCUACGGGCGACCCCAAACCUACUGUGCAGUGGAAAAAGCAAGAUGGCCGAAUUCCCUAUGGAAGAGCGCGAAAGUUGGAUGAUGGAACUCUUCGGAUAGAGAAGGUAGAGGCAGGUGACGAUGGUCAGUACAUCUGCGUGGCGGAGAACUCGGCGGGUACAGUGGAAGCUGUCGGGAAACUUAGUGUACAGACACAUCCGACGUUUGUGAUUCGUCCACAGAACCAGGUGGUUGGUCUUGGUCGGACUGUAACACUUCAAUGCGUUGUCAGUGGCAACCCAGUUCCCACGGUGUUCUGGAGUAAAGGAUCGGACCAGCCGCUGAUGUUUCCAAAUCAAGAGAAUGGUCGGUUCUCUGUGUCCGAGGAUGGAACGUUCCGAAUUGACAGAGUUCAGUUUGAAGACAAGGGGGAAUACAUAUGUCAGGCGUUGAAUGUGAUUGGAAGUGCUCAGGCUAACGCUCGCAUUGAAGUCAGAAAACAAGACACACGUCCUCCUCCGGUUAUUACGAUUGGUCCACAGAACCAGACUCUUCCUGUGAAGGAGGUUGCUAUGUUACCGUGCCAGGCGACCGGAGAUCCCCAGCCUGCCAUUCGCUGGUACAAGAACGGGCGACCAAUUCUCGGAACUGACCCCAGGAGCACCAUACUCGAUUCAGGAACUCUGCAAAUAUCAGAUGUCAAAUUGUCUGACAGCGCCAUCUAUACUUGCAAAGCAGUUUCAGAAACAGGGGAGACAAAUUGGGCUGCUCAACUUACUGUUGCAAAUCAAGGCCCAUACCAUCGGACACAGAAGCCAUCCACAUUUCCGGACGCCCCGUUGAAGCCUUUUGUUACAGAUGUGACGGACGCGACCGUAGAUCUGACCUGGCAGCCGGGCAGAAACCCUGGAGACUCCCCCGUCUUCGCGUUCAUCGUCGAGUACUUCAGUCACGAGACCUCACAGGGCUGGGUGGUGGCUUCUGACUCGAUCACACGGGAAACCUACACAGUCCGCAACUUGAAGCCCCAGACGAGUUACGUGUUUAUUGUCCGAGCGAAAAACUCUCACGGAAUCAGUCUGCCCAGUCCAAUAUCGGACGAUGUCUUAACACGAGAGCGGAGGAAAGGCAACAAGCCGAUAACUCUCCCGAAGGCAAAGAUUCAACAACAGCUGCAGGGUAUGGUGGUUGAGAUUCAGAAGGGAGAAGCUGUCAACGCGACGGCCAUUAAAGUUUCUUGGCGGGUUCUCAAAGGGAGAGAUGCAAUUGGUGGAUUUUACAUCCAUUACAAACACAUCUUGUCCUUCCACAAUAUGAAGUAUGGGAAAGAGCAGCAGUUGACCCUGGAUGACCCGUACCGCACGUCGUUCGUACUGCAGGGUUUAUACAGUGCGGCCUGGUACGAAAUCUGUAUCCAGGCAUACGGCAGGAACGUCAAGUCGCAGUGCAGCAGUUCACUCAAGGUUAUCACCAAAGAAUCAACGCCGUCAUCACCCCCAGAGAAUGUCGUCAUCCACAAAGACGACGCCUCCAUCUACCUGCGCUGGUCUCCUCCACCGCUGCAGUUCCGCAAUGGAGACAUUAAAGGAUACGAUAUUUACUGCAUGGACAACGACAAGAAGCACAACUGUAGUUUCCGCACCAACAGCACGAUGAACUUCGCGCAGGUCAAACACGUCGACUCGGAGCUCACCUACAGAAUCCGCAUCGCCGCCAGAACCAGCAAGGGUGUCGGAGUCUGGAGCAAGACAUUCGUUGUGGGCCCGGAGCAGCCUAACAUCAUGAAGGAACCAUGGUUUAUCGGGAUGCUCAUUGCAACUAUCGGCGGCACGCUGUGGCUCGCGCUCUGCAUUUUCAGCAUCUGGCUGUGUCGCAAACGCAAAAACCGCAAGAAGCUCAUUCAGAAUGGAAUGUACAGCGCUGUUCCGGUGCACAAAUCUGAUGAUUCGUCAAGCCGUAACACAAGUCAUGAUGUUGUAUAUGCACAGAAAGAUGGAAACAUUCAUGCAAUGUCAGCAUAUGGAGGUCUCCAGUCUGACCUGGCGAGCCUGUUGGAUUCUGGGAACAAGGACGUCGAACUGAAAGACCAGAACAUUUACAACUCGGCCGGUGUUCCUCAGAUGAAGACGUUCUACCAGAAACCGAACGCCAUCCCAUUGACGGUGGCUCCGUACGCCACCACCACGCUCAUCAACACCAGCAACCAGGCUAACCGGCCUAUGCAGGCUAAUUGCAUGGAGAGUGCGUUUCGCCCGAUCAACCACGCGUAUGUACACAGCAGUGCCAGUGGGUCUGGAGAUAGCUGUCAGAAACCAGACAUGAAGAACAGCGACUCUAACACAGACAACAGUCGGCAGAACUCAGUUCCGGGCUGUACGUGCCAGCAGGAUGGGAUGGAUUGCCUGGCCAGUCCAGGAAGUGACAGUGGCAGUUUGACAACCGACGAGUACGGUAUGCCGGUGAAACGAAGCCACCGAAACCACAAACACUGCUGUGGUCCCAACAAGACGAUGGUCAACUGGGCAGAGUUACUUCCGCCUCCUCCAGAACACCCCCCUCCGAGCGACCUCGGCACCCCACCCGACUCUCCGAUGAACACUCUGAACCGCCAUCGCCAUGCCAAUAAUGGCAGUCCUCUGUCCCCGGUCUCCAAGAUCUCGGCCUGCUCCUGCCCUGCCCCCCACGACCGAAUGCCGCAGAACAUUCGCUGCGUUCCUUACUCGGACGCCGAGUUCAGCACGCAGCCCAGAAUGCACCACGAAUGUCGACCGUAUUCGCCGAAACAGCUGAACCGAAGCCGGUCCCCAGCGCAUGAUGGCCAGGGCCAGUACCCUGCCCCUCACGGGAUGAACUGUCACAUGGUGGGGCCGGGCGACUGCAGCGGAGGAGGAAUCUACCCUCAGCGGAUGUGUCACAGCGAUGCGGAACGCGUGGUGUACAAGAUGGGGCACGGAUACACCCCCAUCUCUCUCCACGGUUAUAAAAUAGGACAGCUAGAAAGUGACUUGAGACAGUUGAGUGACCCCGAGAGGGGCGGGGCCGCGCCACCCCGGGGGAUGUGUGUGCACGGUGUUCCGAGCGAUGGUAGCGGUGGUGGUGGUGGUGGUGGUCCGUCGAUGGAUAGGGCCUGUCAGUCCUCGCUGCCGAGUUUGUCCAGCGAGUGCAUCAAUUCUCCAUGUUUUCAUGGCCGUAAUGGUGACUCUCCUGUGUCAGAGGAGAUGCCAGACUAUGCUGGUGAAUCGGACAUGGAGGUGAAUCGGACGACGGACUGUCCGACCCCAGACUCCAGCGUCAACGGGGAGGGAGAUGGGAGUCUAUCAGGCUCGCUAAUCGCUUCGUGGUGUAGCAGUACGGACCAGAGUAUUACGACCACUAGUAGUGCUCGGUCUAGCGACGACACUUCUAGCGAUGACUCAUUUCUUGCUGCAGAAACUGAUUUCGCUACCGCUGUAGCACGGGCAGCCGAGUUGUCGGGCAUGACUGUUGUAGGGACGACAGUAACAGAUCCAAAAGCUGGCAAAGAUAAGAAGUAUAGAAAACAUCAUCGACAACAACAGCAGCGGCCGACGAGCCCUUAUAGCACCGACAGCAACUACAGCGCUGUCAUCCACCGUCCGUUUCCACGGUCACAACGAAAGAAACAACUUGUAGAUCAAGGAAAGAGAUAUGGAAAUAAAAAGACAGAUAGCAAUUCAUCGUGCUGCAACCACAUGGCCGAAAUGCCUCAUAAUGUGGGUGAGCUCCCAAUGUACAACCGACCUCUCUUUCCUCACCCCUCUUUCCCGCUCAGCACCGCCGGGUCCGCUCAGUCCUCCCUGGGCAGGAUAGAUGCUCAAAAUGGCUACACGUCACCCAACAGUGGAGUCUAUGAUACCGGACAUAUUUAUGAGGGUAUCAUAUACGGCCAGCCAAACGUGCAGGCCAAUUCUAGCCCAUACCAUACCCAAAAUGAUAUUCCCAUAGUAUAGAAAAAUGAAGUGCUAUAGAAUGGUCACAAUAUUAUUAUGGAGGAACUCAAAAGAAGGCAUGGUUUCCAUUACUACAAACUGUUGUGUUUUCUCCAUCUGCUGUCAAGUUGAAUGGGCUGUGAGAAUGAGAAUCUGACGUCAUUGCCAUUGGAAAAUGAUGUUGGAAAAUGUUGCGUUUUCCAAUGAGAGUGUGAAAGUUAUGUUGGAAAAAUGUUGCGUUAGCCAGCGAGAACAAACAUACACUUGGGAUGAUACUCGGAGGUAUCUGUUGAAAGUUCUGCUGCCAAAAACAAAAAAUGUUUCUAUUGGCUUGAUCACCAUGGAAACAAGAUGGCUGAUUGAUGGUGUCAUCCUUCUCCGUAAAACCAACAUGGCUGCCAGAUAUUUGUGGUUCGUCUCUGUACAAGCAAAAUGUCUGCCAUAAAAACAAUAUGGCUGGCAAGAAGCUAUCAUGUUUUCAGGAUAGAUCUUGACGUGGAUUACAGACAGCACAGUUUACAGCGUAUUAAACGAGACGCCCGUUUUUGCGAUUUGUUGCCAUGAACAUUACAUGACUGCUGACACUACGCAUAGAAUGGCUGUCAAAGACUUAACAAUUCAGUCUCCAUGGAAACCACAGGGCUACCAGAAAUGAUGGAUGAUGCUUACCUAACCUCAAUCUUUUGUUGUCUGUGAUAUAGAUAUAUGAUUUAAGCAUUUUGACAGGUUGAGAAGAGGAAUGCUGGUAAGCAGGUUUUUUUGAGAGAGAGCGUAAGACAGAAAGAAUGUGACUUAUGGUAUCUUAAGCAACUUGUUCGUCUUUGUGUUAAAACAUUCAGGAGUCUAGCCCAGCAAUAUUUCUGUGUUUUUGCAAUUAACUCUUUAACCCUAGGUAUCCUCAAUAAUACUGUAUCAUGUUGAGGAUGUGUGGUUGAAAGGGUUAAUACACUGCUGAUUGGGAUAUUCAUUUUCUCUGUUUGGGCUUCAGACAGUAGGUCAAGGUCAUUGCCAUAGAGAUAUUCAAAAUGAUGGAUGUGUAAAAAUUCUGUUGCUGUUGUUGCUGCAUGAAGUGGCCAUGACCUCCUUAUAAAGGUUAACGUUGAAGCUACUUUCUCCAUAUGGAACUACGACCAGAUUGGUGCUAGCAUAAUUAAAAAACCACUUUGAAACGGCCAUAUUGGAUUUGACAGUUUGGGGCAAUAUACGCAGAAACCCAAAUCCCCAGUACUGGAACUUACUAGGUGCUACGAAAUCCACUAAAAGCAUAUUAUUGCAAUUCAUAUGUAAAACAGAUGCAUAAAUGUAAAUAAUGUUUUGCAUAUUAAUAAAUUAAUUAAUUGUGAAUGCAUAUAUUAACAUAAUAUAUUACGCCUUCUGAAGGUGGAACAUCUUGCCAAUGUUGUUAUGAUGUAAACAUGAAUGACUGUCUUUUGUGAAGGGAGAUAAACUGAAUAACUGUGCUCUAUGAAGGGAGAUAAAUCUGAAUAGCUGCUUUCUGUGAAGGGAGGUAAUUUGAAGAUUUCUCUUGUUGGAAACUGUCUCUUGUGUUAAUUUCGUCCAGUAUUUUUGUGAAAGGCGUCAAGUAUGUAGUUGAAGUUAGCCAUCACAUACACUACAUAACUGUUUUAGUAUAGGAAGUAUGCCAGGUUAUUUCAAUACACUUAACAUACCUGUUAUAAAGGUAUACUGUUUUCUUGUCUACAUAUUAUCAUUAUUUCCACCACCUUCUGAUGUCCAAAAGAUAAUUCGUCUUUUUUUUCCUUUUUAUACAUUUAAAGCAUCAAACAAAUUGCUAGGUGAAUAUUUUCACAUCCAGGUUAAAUUAUCACUUUAUAAAAAUACCAAAACUGAAUUGAUUCUAACAUUCUACUAUUACUAAUUCACACCACCUGGAGAAUAUGAACAGACACACAAAAGGAUGAACAGAUACCAUCUAACAUGAUUUGGUUGGAGGUUUUUUUUUUCAAAUUCACAUUUAAAACUACUUUUUCUAUUUAUUAACAGGGUUCUUAGCGGUCUUUAAAUUCUUUGAUAGUCUCUGAAUUUGAAAAAAACUAAUUUUUAGAUCUUUGAAAGUCUUUGAAUUGUAAUAAAAGUCUUUAAAUUCUCACAAAUCAUAGCCAAAGCAGUGAUGGUAUCUUUUACAGCUGCAUGCAUUUGAUAUUUUCCACUUACAAGGUUUAAUCUGUCAUGAUGCAUGUAAAAAAGCUAAAUUUUUUGCCAUUGACAGCAACGUAAACAAACUGAUUUGGUAUUUUUAUUGUAUUCUAUUGUCUUUGACCGCUGUGUAAAAGUCUUUGAAAGUCUUUGAAUUUGUUUGGUCUUUAAGCCUAUGAACCCUGUAUUAAACAUUUAGGUUAAGCAGACUUACAUUUUAAUUAUUUUUUACAUUUACAUUCACAUAAUUUUCAGUUGCUAUGUUGUCUCACGUGUAACAGUUCCUGUUUUUUUACCCUUCCAUCUACUAGUAAACUUUUAAUUAUGUACCUUUAAAAAAAUAUAAAAUAAAAAGACCCCAAAACCUGACAGGUUAGUUUUUAAUAACUUGAAACAAAAUCCUUUACGCCUGAGAUUUGAAGUAACUGUUGUAAUUAGGUUGUCCAUUGAAAAGCAAUACUAAGUUGAUAAUACUUUACAGAUGACAAAUAGUGUUGUAUAUAGCUGAAAAUCUGUUGAAUUUGUAUCUGAUGUAACUACGUAUUUAUUGACAAUUCUCAUAGUUUGUGUGUAUAUGUACAUAAGUCAUUAUAUAUUGAAACGGAGAAGUUGAAAUGUUCCUCAGAACAACACCAACGGUUAUUAAUAAUAAUAAUAUGAAGCUGCAAUAGUCUUGUUAAGUUUAGUUUUUAUUCUUUUAUAUUUAUAUAACAAUUUUAAAAAGAUAUUCAUAAUUCUUUUCUUAGUAGCUAUUGAUUUCAAAAAUUCAUUUCAUUAUUUCAAGGCCUCAAAAAGAAAAAUUCUUCAUUUCGUGUGUUCUCUCUUUAAAAGCAAUAUUACUGGUGUAAAAUAUUUAUACAUAAGUUGUAUUCCUGACUCAUAUUUCGGUCUGUAUAAUGACGAGAUACCGGUAACUUUAAUAUUUUAAGAACGGACAUAUCAAUAGAAAUUCAUAAGUAGUGUAUUUAACUCAGAAUGACCAAUACAUAUGGGUGUUCAUAUGACACUGGCAAAAUACUGAUACUGAUUGGGGAAAACAAAUGAAUUAAUACAUAUCAUUAUCAUACUGUAUUCAGCAACAUUGUAAUUAUAUUCAAAAAUAUGAAAAUGGGAAAAGUUGGGAUAUUCGAAUACCGGUAGUGUACAAUAUAUAUCUGUAACUGGGUACAAAUUGUGACUAAAGCAGUGAAAUGUUGAAAUAUAUAUAAAUAAACCCUCUUUUGGCUUUGAAUGUUUAAAACCAUCAAUCAGGUGCAAUAAUAUUUGCUUUUUGAGGCCUAAAUAUAUUUAUGUACAUUUGUUCAAAAUAAAGGUAAAACUUAAAACAUGUUCUACUACAAGAAGUUACUCUGUAUUGAAGUGUUUUUUCAAAACUUGUUAAGUCUAAAAUUGUGCAAAAUGGAGAAAACCACAUAAACUGCUGGUUUGAAAAUACUCUGCAAGCUUUGGAGGUUAUCGAUAAUGGAUUAAAUCCCAUUGGUCCAUAUAAAGCAGUGGUAUAUAAUUACGUAUAACAUGCACAGGUGCUUAACUAGCUCAAAAUUUAAGAUUCACACACAAGGCUCAAGGUUCCUGGGGAUGAGGGGUGAAUAUUGCAUCAUGCCAUGUCUGUAUAAUCGAGGCUAUUUUCCAAUGGUUCAAUUAUCGAAUGACAUUUCAAUUAUUAAUUGCGAAGACUGCACCUAAUUUACACUCAUUUAAAGAUUGCUGGAAAUUACUUAAUGUACGAUAUUUGUGUUUUGCCAACUUUCAAUGAUAGACCUAUGCACAUGCAUUCAUGCAUAUCCCUAGCUAGGUGCCUAAUGCAGUUAUAAUCAUUUGAAACAAAAAAAAUAUUGAAAUUUCAUGAAGUAACAAGUUUUGUUAAAACACUAUUCAAUUAUCAUUACAUCUAUUCCAUGUACCUUAAUAUCAAAAACAGCAUAAUGUGUUUUACAAUGUAUAAUGAAAUUCAUUAAAAAGGGGAAAUAACUCUUAGCAUAAUACAUGUAAUAAGAAUAAGAAUACUAAUUAUUGCAUUGUCCAUCGUUUGAAAGCAGUUUAUCUAGUAGAACUGCUUCUGUUCUGAACACUUGACUGUUAUAUGUGAAUAGAUUUCAGGUAUUGAAAGUAAAGAAAAAAAUAUACUGA